ACUGAAAACUUAAAUCAAGGAAGUGGAGAGCUAUAUAGGAAAAAAGCGGAAGCUUGCAGCAGAUCUUUUGGCUAGAGAGGGCAAGGCACGACUCAGUUUAAUUUUUAUAAAAGGUGAGAUAGUCUCAAAGCUAACGUUGAAGUAGAUCAUAUACUAUAUCAGAAUUCAGCGGGUAAUACUUGAUAGAUUGAUCAUGGGUUCAUUGGGUACAUCAAAUGGAAGAGAGCUAUUGCUUCACAUGAAUGGUGGCAAGGGAGAAAGGAGUUAUGCAAACAACUCCUCAUUCCAAAAAAAAUUAAUGCUUAAAGCCAAAUCAAUACUUGAAGAAACCAUAACCACACUGUACCGUGAUUCUUCUCCAAACUGCAUGAAAGUGGCAGACUUAGGAUGCUCUGUAGGACCAAAUACAUUUCUUGUGACAUCAAAUAUUAUCGACAUUGUUGAUACCACAACUACCCUUUUGAAUUGUGAACAACCCACCUUCCAAUUUUAUCUCAAUGAUUUAUAUGGAAACGAUUUUAAUACCAUCUUCAAGUCACUUCCUGAUUUCUAUACAAGAUUGGAAGAAGAUAAGGGACACAAGUUUGGUUCAUGCUUUAUUAAUGCUACCCCUGGAUCCUUCCAUGGGAGGCUCUUUCCCAGUAAUUCCAUAAACUUAUUUCAUUCUGCCAACAGUCUACACUGGCUCUCUCAGGAUCCAUUAUCUGGGUUGACUGAGGAGGAGAAAUCACUUAACAAGGGCAAUUGUCACCUAGUUAGCACAAGCCCUUCAGAGGUAUACAAAGCUUACUUUAAGCAGUUUCAAGAAGGUUUUAAAUCAUUUCUAAAAUCACGUUCGGAGGAACUUGUGCCUGGAGGAGCAAUGGUCUUGGUGUUACCUUGCACUUGCAAAAAUGAAACUCUUUCAAAAAGCCUUUGGGAAGUAAUAAGCCUUACACUGAAUGACAUGCUCUCGGAGGGUUUGAUUGAAGAAGCAAAAUUGGACUCUUUUAACAUACCAACAUAUGAGCCUACAAUUGAGGAAAUCAGGCAUUUGAUUAAGGAAGAAGAGCCAUUGUUUCUUCAAAGAUUAGAGGUUUUCACGGUGCCUAGGGAUGAGGGUGUAAGUGAAUGUGGUGAUGAUGUUUUUCUUGAUGGAAAUAUAAGAGCUGAAUUCAUAGCCACAUACACAAGAGCUGCAAUGGAGCCUCUCUUAUCUGCAAAGUUUGACGCACAAGUUAUAGAUGAAUUAUUUAUCCGGUUUCAGAAGAAACUUGUGCAAAUAAUGAAGGUGGAGAAAUUUGAGACUGCUAAUUUGAUGAUAUCCCUGACAAAAAUUGCUUGAAGAAGUACUGUUUCUCAAUAGAAGGACACAUCUUAAAAAGUAGUUUUUCUUUUGUGAUUUUGAUUUGAUUUGGUGAAAUUAAGUUAUGGAGUAGAAGAUGCUACGUACUCUUAUUGAA